AUCACAUAGCCCGCCUAUCGCAGCCCACCGAAAAGUCAUCGAUGACGACUUCAUGUAGUUUACCAAUAAGCAAGUGUUUUUAUUUAACUUUUUGCAAACUCAGCGCGUCCAGUUUCCCGCGUCCCACCACAACAAUGCCCGCCGCUGCCCGCUGCAGCCGCCAGUGAGUCCAGGUCGAAGCGAAGCCAGAGGAUCGCCGAUCUGCAGAGGAUUCUCCGCAGGAUUGGAUGCUUUGAUGUUUGGCUGCAGAAGUGGGAACGCGAACGCCGAGCAAUAGCAAUCAGUAAAUUGCCGCGAUUACGCCCGAAUAGUCGUAGAUAACCCACGUCGUCGUCGUCUUGGUUAGCAAGAACAACGCAGCGCACAUACCGCUCCCGCCACCACUACCGCUCCCGCUUUCUAAGAAGAAGCAACAACGCAACAACAAGAAGCGGUAGAGCUGACGGUUCGGGGAAAGCGGACCGGAGAUGACUAAUAGCUCCGAAGGCAGCGGCGGCAACGGCAACGGCAGCCGGCGCAACGUCGACUGGCAGAGAUUCGGACUCGGUGGCGACGAGGAUGGCGAUGUGACGGUGGCCAGCUUCCGCCAGCGGAGCAACAACACCGGCGGAUUCGUGGACCUGGGUAAUGAAUACACGUAUGCGGCUGGUGGCCACCAUGCCUCCGGGGCCAAUGAGAUCUUUGCCGGCGAGCAGGGCGACAAGCCCUGGUGGCGCUCCAACUUCUUCAUCUCACAGCCCGUGCUCUUUGGUACCUGGGACGGGGUGUUUACCUCCUGCCUGAUCAACGUGUUCGGCGUGAUCGUGUUCCUGCGUUCCGGCUGGAUCGUCGCCCAGGCGGGCAUCCUGAACGCCGUGCUGAUCAUCUUUUGCACGGUGGUCAUCGCUCUGGUCAGCGUGCUGUCGGCCAUUGGAAUCUGCGAGCGUUGCCGCGUGGAGAGCGGCGGCGUGUACUUCCUCAUAGCACACACCCUGGGCUCCCGCUUCGGUGGCGCCCUGGGAUUGCUCUACUGCUUCGGCCAGGCGGUGGGAUGUGCCCUCAACGUAAUGGGAUUUGGCGAGUCGAUGGCCGGACUUGUGGGACUCGUGGACAACAAGUGGGCCAUUCGAGGCUUCGCCACGGCGGCAGUGCUCUUGCUGGGCAGCAUCAACGUGGCCGGCGUCAAGUGGGUCAUCAAGUUGCAGUUCAUCCUGCUUAUGAUACUGCUCAUCUCGGCGCUGGACUUCAUGGUGGGCAGCUUCACCAACGAGCCCACUGGCGGCUUCAAGGGCUGGGCGAGCGGCAACUUUGUGGAGAACCUGUGGCCGAAGUAUGACGACGGAUAUUCUUGGUUCCGGGUGUUUGGCGUCUUCUUCCCCACCGUCACCGGUGUUCUCUCGGGCAUCAACAUGAGUGGCGACCUGCGCGCCCCUUCCACAGACAUUCCCAACGGCACCCUGGCCGCCUUUGGCACCUCCACGUUCCUGUACUUGGUGUUCGUGCUGUUUCUGGGAGCCACCUGCCAGCGGACCGACCUCUACACGGACUACACGAUCUCCGUCAAGGUGGCUGCCGUGAAUUGCCUGCUGCUGGCUGGCAUCUACGUGUCCAGCAUGUCCUCCUGCCUGGGGGCCAUGUACGGCACCCCGCGCGUCCUUCAGAGCAUUGCCAAGGAGAGCGUCAUUCCGGGCAUUGAUAUCCUGGGAAAAGGCCGAGGUCCCAACAAAGUGCCUUUAUAUGCCAUGGCCAUCGUGGCCCUGGUUACCGUCACCUUCAUCAUCGUGGGCGACAUCAAUUUCCUGGCUCCCAUCGUGACCAUGCCCUUCCUGCUGACGUACGCCUGCAUCGACUACGCCUACUUUGCGCUGGCCCAGACCUUCGACAUCCAGGAGCAGCGGGAGGAGCGCUUCCGCAUUCAGGCCUCGAGUCCCAGCUAUGAGACGCGUCGUUACGGCAGUGUCUCGGAUACGGGCAAUGACCUGGACCUGCUCUUUCCCGAUCGGGUGCGCCACAAGAACCUGCAGAGUCCGCAGAACUCACCGCUGCACCAGACCGUUCCCCUGGAGUUCAACGGCGAGGGGCCCAGCACCUCCAAUCAGGCGCAGGCUUCGAAUUCCUUAGAGGCGGACACCACACUGGCCGUGGAGCAGGCGGCCGGACAGAUCGGCAGCGAGCAGGAUCAGGAGCAGGGCGACGAUGCCGAACCGAUUGCCCCGAUUCGCCCGCCCAUCCACUCCAAGACGAAAAAUUGGUACUCCGGCUACUGCAACCGUUGGGCCUCGCUUUUGGGGGCCUUCACCAAGCUACUGGUCAUGUUGCUGGUGAACUGGUACUACGCCCUCACCUGCUUCCUUGUGGUGUUCGUCGUGUGGUUCUACGUGGGCACAGCCAACCCAGCCGUGAAGCCAGGCCUCACCGCGGAGUUCAACUUCUUCGCCUGGCUGAAGAGCGUCAUAUUCCGGUGCUUCGGCAAGCGGAUGAACGAGUACGAACAGAUCGUGGUGACACCCUCGUGUCCCGGCGUGGAUCUCUCGCCCACGCAGCUCAACGAGCAGAACGAGGACUUCCGCCCGCGGCCCAACUACCACCACUCGUCUGUUAUCGAGGGCCGCCUCAUCGAUGACAUAUAGAGCCCGUCGUAGAUCUCGGAUCUGGGGGUUCACCUGGACAGAAGGUGGGCAGAUGAUGAUGGGGCAGGCGGCGUGGCUGUGGAAAGCAAUAGUCGAGUGCAUUUCUCUAACGCUAGACAGUACUAGGCUAAGCUAAAGUGAAGUGAAGUGAAGUGAGGCAGAAACUAAACUAAACCCCAUAUGUAUAUGUUUGUAAAUCUGUAAGGAUGUGUUUGAUGUAUAGCUAAGGAUAGCAACAGCUGCGGUCACAAUGGUAGCAUCCCAAUUUCGGUUUUAGUCUGUUUUUUUAAAGGAGGAUGACGCAUUUUUAUUGGGAUUUUCCCAUUGUUGAGUUUUUAUGCAAAAUUGCUCGUUACGGAUUAGAUAAGGAAAUUUCAUUAGGCUAUGUUAAAUUUUUCAAAAGAUAACGAGGUUUUUUGGCAAUUAUCAACAUUUAAAAACGAAUCAAUUGUACAUUUUAUUUAUGUGGAUCCGCUGAGUUACUUGGCGUUUCCAAAGAAGUCCGUAUUAUUAGAGCUGUAAACCAUAAAGAUCAAAUCAAAGUUAUAGUUGUGGAGGCUUUUAUUCUGACCGAAGUUGCUUAGUCCGUCGUUUACCACCGCCCCCAACCACGCCCCGCCCACACGCACACACCCAUCACUGCACACACACAACAGCUCAGAGCAUUGUACUAAUUAUUUAAUUUUAAUCUUAAGUUUCGCCUGCUUUCGAUGUGUUCCUUGCUCGCGUAGUUCUUUAAUGAUCACUUCCUGAUCGAGAGCGUUUAGAUUGUUGCUAAAUGGAUAUGUUUCCAGUGUUUCGGCACACAAAACGAACGCAUUUUGAGGAGACAUAUGUGAUACUGAGAUAAUAAGUGAACCAAAAACCAGAAAUCAAAAUCGAUGAUUUGGCGCCUUGCAUUUAAGAAGAACACAAGCACAAUGAAAUUGUUACAGAACACAAAUACAAAACAAGCCACACACUUAACACAUAACCUUUAACCCUGUAACCUAAGCUGUAACCCUGUAUUAGCAACUCGAUGAACAAUAACAGCCCUAUUGAUAAUAUAAGCCCGUACUCCGCGUACUCACUCGGCAUAGGAAUAAGAAUCCCGCAGAUAUCAGCAAUAACCGCACUCUAUAUACACCCAAUAAAUGUAUAUAUAUCAUACACAUAUAUCCGAUAUAUA